AUGGCGCAAGAGGCAACGAAGCAGUACAACUGGGCGGCUCGGCGCCUGACCCGCUAUCUGGGUCCCGCCUGCAGUACCUCGGCUUCCGCACGGGGGCGCCGCCCCGUCUUGGGCUCUGGCGCCUCGCGGGAGCUCCUCUCCUUCUUCGCCACACACACUCCUCGACCGCCGCCCAACCAACGCGGAGGCCGCGAAGCUUUGCGUAUCCGAGUGAAGCGCGUACGCGGUGUGCCGAAAGCGUCGCGCCAGGCCCAGUUUCCUCGUAGUUGUCGGCGAGAGUCGGGGGCGGAGGUUGGGCACUCCGGGCUAGCGUUAGCCUUAGCUUUAGCUGCGGGGCUUUGCGCCACGGCCAGCACGGCGGCCGCUCCGCCGGACCUCGGCAGUAGCUCUACCCGUCCUCGCAUUUCCUAUCCGAGGCAUCGACAGCGCCGUGUCCCGCCUGGGAGCCGCUGCACCCCGCUGACGAGGGAGGUGGUGCGUACUGAAGGGUUUCAUAGUGGUCGGCGCUGUGGCGGAUCGGGCGGAGUCCGCCGGUCUGCGGCCCUUAUGGAUAAGCAUAAAGUCAAGAGGCAGAGACUGGAUCGCAUCUGUGAAGGCAUUCGCCCGCCAAUCUUGAACGGGCCGAUGCACCCGCGCCCCCUGGUGGCGCUGCUGGAUGGGCGCGACUGCACUGUGGAGAUGCCGGUCCUGAAGGACGUGGCCACCGUCGCUUUCUGCGAUGCCCAGUCCACCCAGGAAAUACACGAGAAGGUGCUGAACGAGGCAGUCGCCGCCCUCAUGUAUCACACCAUCACACUGUCACGGGACGACCUGGAGAAGUUCAAGGGGCUGCGUGUGAUCGUCCGCAUAGGCAGCGGCUUUGACAACGUGGAUAUCAAGGCUGCCGCUGAGCUCGGCAUCGCGGUGUGCAACGUGCCGUCCUCAUCCAUCGAGGAGACUGCGGACAGCACACUCUGCUUCAUCCUUAACCUGUAUCGGCGUGUCACCUGGAUACACCAGGCUGUCCGCGAGGGCACGCGAGCCUCCGGCGUGGAGCAGAUCCGGGAGGUGGCCGGCGGCGCCGCCCGAAUCCGGGGAGAGACGCUGGGAAUAAUCGGCCUGGGGCGUGUUGGCCAGGCGGUGGCGCUGCGCACUAAGGCGUUCGGCUUCAACGUGAUCUUCUACGACCCGUACCUGCCGGACGGCGUCGAGCGCUCGCUGGGGCUCCAGCGCGUGGCCACGCUGCAGGACCUGCUCAUGCACUCGGACUGCGUGUCGCUGCACUGCAGCCUGAACGAGCACAACCACCACCUGAUCAACGACUUCACCAUCAAGCAGAUGCGACAGGGCGCCUUCCUGGUGAACACGGCGCGGGGAGGGCUGGUGGACGAGAAAGCUCUGGCCCAGGCGCUGAAGGAGGGCCGGAUACGAGGAGCCGCUCUCGAUGUCCACGAGACCGAACCGUUCAGCUUCGCCCAGGGCCCCCUGAAGGACGCCCCCAACCUGAUCUGCACCCCACACACAUCCUGGUACAGCGAGCAGGCGUCGGUCGAGGCCCGGGAAGAGGCAGGCAGAGAGGUGCGCCGCGCCAUCACAGGCCGCAUCCCUGACAGCCUGAAGAACUGUGUGAAUAAGGAGUACUUGGCCACCUCCCAGUGGAUGGGUUUGGACCCGGCGGGGGGUCACACAGAGCUGAACGGAAGUGCUGCUGCCGCCUACAGGUUCCCGGCUGGCCUCGCCAUGACGCCGGGUGGCCUGCCGGUGGCGGGAGCCACAGGGGAGGGGAUCGUCUCGGGGGGGCUACCCAUAGCCCACGGCAUUGCCCCCAUUACCCGGCCCCCCCACACCCCAUCGCCAGGGCAGCCCUCCAAGGCAGAGACAGAGAGAGACGUGUCGGCUGACCAGUAGCGGACAGUGACAUUCCGUGCCCCCCGCCCCCUCAUGCCCCCCCCCACCACACCCCUCCGCAGGUUGAGUGACACUGACAUGCUGCCCUGCUUCACCCUUUCACACUCCCAGGUUUUCCUCUCAUCCUUUCAUUCUGUGGUCACUCCAUCCGUUCUACCUUUUUGUUACUACCCCCAUUUCUCUCUCUCUCUCUCCCCCCCCCCCCCCCAACACCGUGAUAAGCAAUAACAGUUUUCUCAAGGAUUUAGUUGUGUGGUUUGCGUGUUCUUUUUUUAUUACCUUUUUUUGGCCAUGUCAAGACAUUUCCUUAAGCCGAUUUUCUUAACCACACUGUGUCUGUCGGACUCUGCAGUUGUUUCUCAGGCUAAACUCUGGCAUUCGUUAGUCCAGUAGAAAGAAAAUUCUUCUCAAACUGUUUAAAAAAGAAAAAUCCCUUUAAGUGAA